UUUGCCAGAGGGAGCGAGCCAUGUGCUGAAGGAGGGAGAGGGCGCGCAAGAGAUCCACCGUGACUCAAAAAAUGGGAAAUAUCGAUCAUGUCAGCUCCACUGGUCUGUACACCACAUGCAGGAACGAGGGAAGAGCGACAAGAUAACUUGGCUUUUUCUAAACAGCAACCCCAAACAACGCAGGAAUAGCAGCAGCAACUUUGCAACUGAUGCGGUGUCUCGGUGCCUGCACUUCAUGCUUUGGUGGUGGCGUUGCAAGGAUGACGCGGUAAGCACGUAUCAAGAAAGCAACUUAUCCUAUUGAUAACUUUUGCCGGAGAAGGAAACUGAGGACAGUAGCCACCGACGACAAUAAAUAAUUGCUUUUGUUCCAGCCUCAGAUUGUGACUGACCGAUGAGCAGAGCAGGACGUUUCUUGCGAGCCAAUGGUUUUUCACAGGCUUGGAUUUCUAUCGCGCUGCUACCACAUUGUGUUAUUUUGAGUUUCUUCUGAAAGAACAAGAAGCAGUUGUUUGACUGAAACGUAUAUCACAAAACGGACCUGAAACGUUGCGUUGAAUGGACAUCGUUAUGCGCGCAAAUGUGGAAUAAAAAGCAUCUUGAUUUGGAUGACCAUAAAUUGAAAGACGCUAGCUGAAUGGAUGGUUGAGAGUUAUAUUUACGACGACUAAAGUUUUAGAAAGUAUGCUAUGCUGUAAAGGAAUGGAUUUAAAGGACAAACGACUCUAGGCCUAUACUUGGCGUCAGUGAAUAUUCAACAAGAUAUGAUGAAUGUCGCGCAAUGUGUUCAAAUAAGGCAUUUGUCAAUUACAGUUAUUGAAGAAAAUGGAUUUUAAUAGUUAUUGGAAGAGUUUGCCGUGCAAAAGGAGAGCAACGAGCUAAGUCAAACUGUGAAUUAACAUAAUUGAUGAACCUUCACGGAACAUAAUCUAAUUUAAUUUCAUAGACACUGCUGCAUCUGCUUGGACUUCUCGCUAAUGUUCUCACGAAUGGGAAUGUAUACAUUGUAAAUAUUCAACUGAAGACGAAAAACUGCAGCUGAGAGCACCUGGAAUUUGAAUGUGGACUGGAACCAACCUCGUGCAAGUUGAAGAGCAUCAUGUCCAUUUGAACAGCAAUAAGAAACAAAUUACUGUACUUGUAUCAGUAUAAGUUAUAGACAACAACGCGACGAAUUAUAUAGACUCUGCCCAUAAUGGACAAGAACUAUUUAGCUUUUCAAAUGGAGUUGACACUUAUGGUUGUUGCCCUCUUAUCUUGGGUCGCGGUAUGGGCUGACGAUAGCAAGAUUAUAUCAGACAGAUAUGCAGUCUACUGGAACAGCACGAACCCCAGGUUUCUCCAUGGGGAGUACACCGUGGAGGUGGCCAUCAACGACUACCUGGACAUCUACUGCCCCCACUAUGAGGACCCGCUCCCCCAGGAGCGCAUGGAGCGUUACAUCCUCUUCAUGGUCAACUACGACGGCUACACCACCUGCGACCACCGCAUGAAGGGCUUCAAGCGCUGGGAGUGCAACCGGCCACAGAGCCCCAAUGGACCGCUCAAGUUCUCCGAGAAGUUCCAGCUCUUCACCCCCUUCUCGCUAGGCUUCGAGUUCCGGCCGGGUCACGAGUAUUACUAUAUCUCGUCUCCACACCCUAACCUUGUCGGGAAACCCUGCUUGAAGUUGAAAGUCUAUGUCAGGCCCACAAAUGACUCAGUGUAUGAGUCCCCGGAGCCCUUCCUGACAGACGACAGCACCGGUGGCUGUUACAUGGCCGCUCCGUGCCUCUCCCUUAUGCUGGCCAUGCUGCUCACGCUACUCCUGUCCUGCUCAUAGCAUCCUGGGCCCGCCGGCCGUACCCCCCUUAACGAGCCCCCCACCAGAAUCCCUCCACCCCCAGCCCCAACCGACUUCCCCUCAAAUCUACCGCCUCUGCCCCCCUAUAAGGGAGAAAGUGACACGCCUCCACCCCACCCCAUCCCCCGUCCUCUCCUUCUCCCAUACCAGUCCAUUCUCCUCCACCCUCCACCCCGAACCCCUUGACAGGCACCUCCUGGACACUGUAAACUCAUACUGCCCCUCCCUCCCUCCCUCCCUCCCCCACCCACCCAGAACCCUCCUCCCUCCAACUCCUCAGCGGAACCCCUGUUUCAUGACCACUGGCCUCUGACCCUCAGCACACAGCUCAAGUCCAGGGGGCGAUUAAGGGGAGUAGUCCUGGGGACCAGGAAGGAGUCCCUUAAAGACCUUACAAAAACAGCCUCCCAGCUGCCGAUGAGCGCUGGGAUGUGCAGGAAGUGGAGGGGGUGGGUUUGAAACAAACUAAGUGGAGGACGAACUCCUCUCCCACACGUCUUGAUUGCCGAUGGUCGACAGUGACCGUUGUCAUCGACAGCGACGUCUUCUCCACUUAAGGACCCUCCCAUGUCCAUCUUCGGACUGUUUGCGUUUCUCUAUGAGUCUUUGUGCUUUGAUAAUGCUCAAUAGUGUCCCACCUGUACAUGUUCAUUCUGUUACAGUGUAUUAUAUCGUAGUAUCUUUCUUUGUCACGUUGACUCCUGCAGUGAUAGAUCAUAGCUGAACCUUCUUUACAUUUACAUUUCAUUUAGCAGACGCUCUUAUACUUCUCUCUAUCUCUCUUCCUCUCUUCUUGUGUGUCUCUGACCAGUCUCUAACAUCCUGGCAAUUUCUAGCAGUAGCAAUCCAGAGUAGAUGAGGACCUUUUCUGUAAAUCUGCCAAAGACACUUGCUGAAGUUUUAUACCAGGGGAACAGGGGGGUGGGACGGCGGCGUUGUGGCUCUCCAACGAGGUUGUAAACAGCCAUAGAGCUCUGUGUAGACCCUCCGGAUCAUGCCAUGGGGGUCCUAUCACAGACAGGAGGUUGAAGUUUGUCAGGAGUCUUGUCCUGGUGGCAGAACUGAGCAAUUUCCCCUUAGAUAGGCUAGCUGCAAAGUCAAAAUUGGCUAUAUUGUAAAAAUUCAUGAAAACUAAAAUGCAAU